GUGGACUUGGAGAUCAUGGUGUAUCAAAGAAACGAGGAGCCCUCUACCAGCUUAUAGACAGGAUCAGAAGAAUCGGCUCUGGCUUGGAGCAAAACAGCACAGUUAAGGGAAAAGUACCUCAAAAAUUCUCAGGGCCAAAUGAGAAAAACCGAGUUCCCAGAGCUGCCACAUCAAGAACUGAGAGAAUCUGGCCUGGAGGUGUUAUUCCUUACGUUAUUGGAGGCAACUUCACUGGCAGCCAGCGAGCCAUGUUCAAGCAGGCCAUGAGACACUGGGAAAAGCACAUGUGUGUGACUUUCAUUGAAAGAAGUGACGAAGGUUAUAUUGUAUUCACCUACAGGCCUUGUGGGUGCUGUUCCUAUGUGGGGCGAAGGGGAAAUGGACCUCAGGCAAUCUCCAUUGGCAAGAACUGUGAUAAAUUUGGAAUUGUUGUUCACGAGUUGGGUCAUGUGAUAGGCUUUUGGCACGAGCACACGCGGCCAGAUCGAGAUAACCAUGUAACCAUCAUAAGAGAAAACAUCCAGCCAGGUCAAGAGUACAAUUUUCUGAAGAUGGAACCCGGGGAAGUGAACUCACUUGGGGAAAGAUACGACUUUGACAGCAUCAUGCACUAUGCCAGGAACACCUUCUCAAGGGGGAUGUUUCUGGAUACGAUUCUCCCCUCCCGCGAUGAUAAUGGCAUACGUCCCGCCAUCGGUCAACGCACGCGUUUAAGUAAAGGAGAUAUUGCACAGGCAAGAAAGCUGUAUCGAUGUCCAGCAUGUGGUGAAACCCUACAGGAGUCCAAUGGCAACCUCUCCUCCCCAGGAUUCCCCAAUGGCUACCCUUCUUACACGCAUUGCGUCUGGAGAGUGUCUGUGACGCCAGGGGAGAAGAUUGUUUUAAAUUUCACCACGAUGGACUUAUACAAGAGCAGUCUGUGCUGGUAUGACUACAUUGAAGUGAGAGAUGGGUACUGGAGGAAGUCACCCCUCCUUGGUAGAUUCUGUGGGGACAAAGUGCCAGAAGUUCUCGCCUCUACAGACAGCAGGAUGUGGAUCGAGUUUCGUAGCAGCAGUAAUUGGGUAGGAAAAGGCUUUGCCGCUGUCUAUGAAGCCAUCUGUGGAGGUGAGAUACGGAAAAAUGAAGGGCAGAUUCAGUCUCCGAAUUACCCUGACGACUACAGACCCAUGAAGGAAUGCGUGUGGCGAAUAAUGGUGUCGGAGAGCUACCACGUGGGACUGACCUUUCAGGCUUUUGAGAUUGAAAGACAUGACAACUGUGCCUAUGACUACCUAGAGGUUCGAGAUGGAACCAGCAAAAACAGCCCUUUGAUAGGGCGUUUCUGUGGUUAUGAUAAGCCUGAAGACAUAAGAUCUACCUCCAACACCUUGUGGAUGAAGUUUGUUUCUGACGGAACUGUGAACAAGGCUGGGUUUGCCGCUAACUUCUUUAAAGAGGAAGACGAGUGCGCCAAAGCUGACCGAGGCGGCUGUGAGCAGCGGUGUCUGAACACCCUGGGCAGCUACCAGUGUGCCUGUGAGCCGGGCUACGAGCUGGGGCCGGACAGGAGGAGCUGUGAAGCUGCUUGUGGCGGACUUCUUACCAAGCUUAAUGGCACCAUCACCACCCCAGGAUGGCCCAAAGAGUAUCCUCCUAAUAAAAACUGUGUGUGGCAAGUGGUUGCACCAACCCAGUACAGAAUAUCUAUGAAGUUUGAGUUUUUUGAAUUGGAAGGCAAUGAAGUUUGCAAAUAUGAUUAUGUGGAGAUCUGGAGUGGGCUUUCCUCUGAGGCUAAGUUACACGGCAAGUUCUGUGGAGCUGAAGUGCCCGAAGUGAUCACGUCCCAGUUCAACAACAUGAGAAUCGAGUUCAAGUCUGAUAAUACUGUGUCCAAGAAGGGCUUCAAAGCACAUUUUUUCUCAGGUAUAAGCCUUCACGUGUUGUCUGUGGGUGUUACUGUGUUCCAAGUGGGUUGGGUACAGGGGGCUAAUCUUUAAAGCUUUCUGUAAGGCACAUAGGAUGGACGUUAUUCUGUGUUUCAUAAUUCUUUACUUAAAUGAGGGUAUUAAUAACAGGAUCCCUCAGGAAAUGUGGCCUGCCUCCAAUCAGA